GGUACAUUCCCCCGUAUCAACCCAAGAUGGCAGCCAACAUGGACGAGAACGUGUUUUGUGGAGAUUUUCUUCAGUUUCAGGAAGCUUUAAAGAGUAUGCGUACCAUUGAUGAUAAAAUAAUCUACGCUCUAAAUACAACAGUUCCUACUCAAUCCUUCAAGGGACAAGUCGAUGCCAGUGCAACAUGUCAAGAUUUAUAUUCACAGUUAGAAAAAUCAUACAGUCAACGAGAUAGUGCUAUAAAAAGAUGUAUAUCCCAAGUAUCUACAACUGUGACUAAACUACGUGAAGCCAGGGCUCAAGACCCAGAUAAUGUUACCGUCAACAGGAACUUAAAAAAGGAACGAACAAAGCUACAGCUUAUGCAGUCUGAGCUGAACAUUGAAGAAAUUGUUAAAGAUAGAAGUUAUAAAGUAUUCCAUGAGCGAUGUAGAAACCAUUUCAUUCCGUCUACAACUCUCUCAUCAUGACACCUCAUGGUCCUGCUGUAUAACAUCCAGGCCUGAUAACAUCUUCAACUACCAAACAUUUUUAACUGUAAGGUACAAUGUACAAGGUGUAUUGCAUGUCGUUAUUCACGAGGCAGAAUGAGUCAAUACUGAACCUGGGAUUAACUUUGAUUAAUUAUUUGUGGGCAGAUUUUAACCACAGAUCGGUAGUUUGUUUGGUUGCAGUUUAAAGGUUUGGAAAUGUGAUUAUACAUGUAGUUGUGUGGAUGAUUAUUUAUAUGGGAUUCAAUCACAACUUGGGACAAAAUGCAACACAAUCAUUGGGUGAGCAAACAUUUAGAGAAUCAUUUGCACAAAUGUUACCUGUUAAAAGAACUGGACACAUGGUAAUUACUCAACAAGGGUGUUUUUCUGUCAUUAUUCUCUUGCAAUUCGAUGACCAAUGGAGUCCAAAAUUUCACAGACUUUUUAUUUUAUGCAUAGGGAGAAUACUGGUCUUUGAGUGCCUUUAAGUAAAAUGAACUUUUGUUCACUGAGCAAGUCAAUAUGGUGGCGCCCCUUGGCAAAAGCAGAGAAUGCCACCACCAGUGAACACUCGGGAACAUAUUUGUCAACUGUUGCUGAUGUAUGCUAAUUUUACCAGUGCAUACAUAACUUGCUCCCACUGAACAUUGUUUGCAACAACUGUUGAGUGUGAUACAGACAUGUUUGUGUGUGGUUUGCCUCUGACAGUUCUGAGAAAAGUAAACAUUUUUUUAUAUAUUGAAACACAGUCCAAAUGAAUUAACUAUGCACUUUUAAACAAUAAAACAAAUGGUCCCUUAAAAAACCCACAAUACAAACCCACCAUUUACCAUGUUUACAAACCCAUCAUUUAUAAACACCAUUCACAAAAUCCUCUUUCAGCUUUUAAAACUAAAAAUCUACAGUCUUAAAUUAUAGCUUGGGGCAAAGCAGGUCUAUGAUUGUGUUGGUCGGCAUCCAUUUUAAGCACUAAGCCCGAUUCAUUUUUUAACCACAACCUUCAAGAUUUGUUCUCUCAAUAUUUGUGUCAGUUUAAAUGAAAGAGCUCUUGUAGUUAAGAAAAACAAUCUGGAAAAGGAAGAUCAAAUCACUUUUGCAUUUGUAAAGAUGUUCAUAUUAAAGUAUUUUUCUAUCAUGAAAGAAACAGUUUGAUUUGCUGAAAAGGACUUAAGACAAUCUUUUGAUGAUGAUUUGGUAUAUUUGACCUACUAAAUGUUUUUCAAUGAUAAAUGUACUUGCAAAUCAAUGGUUUAUUGUAAGUUGGGAGACCAUAUAGUAUAGGCCCCCUAUUUGCAUAAAGAUUCCAUCUAUUGGAAAAUAAUUGCAUCACAAAACUGAACUUGGAGCCCUUCUUAAGAGAGUGAGUAGCAGUUUUAUUGGUAAAUACGUCUAAAGCCGUGUUCACACUGGAUUCAUAUUUUGGGUAACUUAACCAUGACGCUGGGUAACAUUCCGACGGGUUAACUUUCCCACCAUCCGCACUUGGAUUGAUUUGACUGGGGUAAACUUACCGAGACCGUGUGUAAACUAACCGAGCUGGCCCCCUGCGUAACAUUGAAUAGUUCGAUAAUCACGAAAAUCUUAUUCUUCCGUGCCAAAACAUGUCAGUUUCUUCAGGUCACGGACGGAUGGGAGAUUUAAUCGAGUCAUCGCGUCCGCAUUGGACUUUUUGGCAUGGUUAAACUAACCUGGUCAAUCUUCCUGGGCACCUUUGGCUCGGUUAAACUACCCAUUCGGGUCGGGUAAGUUACCUGGGAGGAAACUUCCUGGGCUGUUCGCAUUGGAUUUAAAAUGGCCAUUGGCUCGGUUAGUUUACCCAAAUUAAGUCCCAUGCGAACAGGGCUUUAGUUUUCUGACAUGCUCCAUGAAAACACGAGAAUUUAUAGUAUUCCAAUAUAACCAGUGUUAUAGUUUUUUUGAUGGCUCUUUGAAAACUUUGGAGGUAAGAACUACAGCAGCUUUCGACAGUAAAAUGCAUUUUUAGAAACUUCCAAGCACAACCUUGUGGAAAGAACUUUUUAUCCCGAAAAUUUGAGUGUAAGCUUAAAUUGUGUAUUCCUAUAGGGAUUCUUCCUGCCUGGCCGGGUUUGCCCCAGUGUUUGGCAAUGUCUAAAAAAAUGUGACCACCUUUUUAAAUGAGAUUUCCACAGGUUAAAUAAAUUGUUUACAACUACAUUUAUAAUAGGAUUAAAACCAUUGAGUGGUUCUCAAAACAAAAGGCACGCAAUGCCUUUUACUUUCCAAAACAAUAAGUUUGAAUGUUUCAGCUAUUGUAGUGUAUGGUACAAAGUAAUCGCAUUCAACCAGAAAAGUUUAGGUCAAUUGUCUAACUCAUAUUACAUGACCAUAGGAAAUAAUAAUAAAUCUAUUUUUCUUAUGAGAGAUUGUUGAAGUGAAUGAUUAGCAUCCUAUGACUGUUGGUGCUGCAACUCCUCAAUGCCCAAUGAACAUGGGAAGUAAGAGUGAAAAUGCACCUUGACACAAAAGCUAUUAGAAUAAUAGUGCCUAGUAAUGGCUUUUAAUACCCACAAAAUCAGAUAUUUGGAUUAUAUCAUGUCCUUCAUGUGGCACUGCCUUGUGGUCAGUAUUAUGGAUUAUAUCAUGUCCUUCAUGUGGCACUGCCUUGUGGUCAGUAUUAUGGAAGUUUUUUGUAAAUUAAUGUCAUUGUACAUUGACAAAACAUUGACCCAUGACAUGUAGUUAAUCAUUGUACCGUAACCAGACAUUGAUGCAAUAGACACUUCCCAUGAAAUAUGUAAAUUUCACAUAGCGCGUGCGCACUUGCAUGUGCAAAUUAGUCGGCCAAAUGAGGGAAUAUCGGGCUGUUUUGUACACGGCUAAUGGGUGCGUGACACAGUCGCGAUUGCGCGGCUGCUAAGGGCACAACUCUAUGGUGUUUGCCAACCAAUGGGGUAUGUACGCAUGCGUAAUGGAAGGGUCCAUUCCAACUUACAGUAACAGUUUUUAGAACUGUUUAGAAUUUUAGUUAAGUUGUCAUUCCAAAGUUUGUUGUUGAAGGUAACAAAAUCGAGUUGAUUUUUGUUUGAAUAAAGUUUUCUUAUGAUAAUGUA